CCUAUCAAGUGAUCUUGGAGCACUGCAUACACAAGGAUUUGAGAGCAACUUAUCAUGAUCAGAAUUGGUCCAGUUGGGAGAACUAGCGACCGUGCUUGGGAUGAUGGGGGCAAGGAGAAAAUUGUCCAGAUCUUCAUCGCACAUGGAGACUUUAUUUAUUCUCUCCAAUACCUAUAUGUUGAUCAAAAUGGAAACUUGGUUUUAUCAGAUUCACAUGGUACUGCUGCUUCUCAAACUUACAAGUUUGAUGUGUACUGUUUCUACAAAGCAGGUUAAGCUUGAUUAUCCAUCAGAGUUUAUUACCGGUAUAAGUGGUUGCUAUGGCCAUCCCAGCGCCAAUAGCCGUAUGCAAAUUUUGUCAAUAACAUUUACCACCAACAACAGGACAUACGGACCAUUCGGGGGCCCUGGUUUUGGUAGUAAAUUUGACUCUCCUUUCCGAUAUCAACUGGGACUAGACCGUCCAUUUGGCGGAUUUCAUGGAUAUUCAGGCCAUUACCUUGAGGCUAUUGGGCUCUAUGUGAAGCCAUUGACAACUCUAAGCAAUGAUCAGGAGAAAGUGAAAAAUGAAAAAGUCUAGAACCCGGACCAACUUUGUGGUUUUAUUACAGCAGCAGGAUGAUCAAUUGUAUUAGCAGUUUCUACUUUUAUGCACUAUUUGCUAGACACCUAUGAAGUUCAAGCACAAUGUAAUAUCGUCGCAAUGGAUUGGAUAGUGUCAUCCUAAUGAGGUAAAAGCUUGAUGCAGAUAAUAUUUUUCCUUUCAAA